UUCAGCGAAAGCGGAUUACCAUGUCUGGACGCGGCAAGGGAGGAAAAGGCCUCGGAAAGGGAGGCGCUAAGCGUCACCGAAAAGUUCUUCGUGAUAACAUCCAGGGUAUUACCAAGCCAGCCAUCCGUCGUUUGGCUCGUCGUGGAGGUGUCAAGCGUAUUUCCGGUUUGAUCUACGAGGAAACCCGUGGUGUCCUCAAGGUCUUCCUGGAGAACGUCAUCCGUGACGCUGUCACUUAUACCGAACAUGCCAAAAGAAAGACCGUAACCGCUAUGGAUGUUGUCUAUGCCCUCAAAAGGCAAGGACGCACCCUCUACGGCUUUGGUGGUUGAACUGGACUGAUGAUCAAGGACUCACUGUCCGUAAAAAAACGGCCCUUUUCAGGGCCACCAAAUCUUACAAAAUCAGAAACAUUUUAUCGCAUCACAUUAUAUAGCUUGGACUGUUAAAGCAUUAUUUUAAUUUUUUUUAACACCAAUGAAAACAGGGUUUUGUAUAUGACAUUAUAUAAUAAUACCCCUUGUGUCAAAUGCCAGUCAUUUCAUUAAAGUUCACUCUAGGUCAGACCAGGAGCGAUUAAUUAGUUUCUUUGUUAUGCAUGCGUGCCGGAUUACUACAAUACCUUCAUUAAUUACAAAAUACCACUCUGCUCCAAUAUUUGAUUAUGUAUCGUCUUUUUUUCCUUUGUUCAUGAGUACAUCGGGUCUCAACAGUAAAUUCCCAUAAGACUCAAUGUAACAACAUCGGCUUAAGAGAUAUAUCGAGAACUUGUGUAAUUUAUACAAGAGGUAAAGGUGGCAGUAUAACAUUAGAUUAACGUAGUAAUGUGUCACGUCAAAUUUAAUGAACGUCGUGAAGUAUGCAUGAUGUAGCGUCAAAUUUAUAUACAAGUGAUUAUCAUGUAUGAAGUUGUUGAUAAAAUGGGCUAUACUUACGAAAUCGAGUUUCUGAAGGGAUUUUAAGAUACAGUCAGAUGAAUCGACGAAUUUAGAAUAGAAAAACUCAAUGCAAACGUUAUAGAUAUCGAUUCAUGUUUUUACCUCGUUAUGCGUUGGGAAACUGAAAAAACAAAGAAAUCCUCGUAAAACUUACUGACUAAAUUCAAGUUAUUUUUCUAGACAUAGUUGUCUGAAUAAAAAAUUGUCUUCGCACUCCUCAGAGUUCCGACAAUAAUAUGUAACUAUAAGUUCCGCUUGUUCGAGGUUUUGGGCAGCGAACGACACUGCAAACUGAACGACAAAGCAUUAGUAAUUAAAAAUAGCUAUUAAAUAUAAUUAUGGGGAUUUGUGAAUAAGGUGCUUGAGAAUACAUUAUUAUGGAUGUUGGACAUUUGUGUCUUUUUUUUUUAAAUUUAAGAUCGUAUAUGUGUCAUUAUUUUGUCUAAGCCAUCUUAAAAUGUUUGUUUUUUUCAGUUAGAUACUUGACCGUCCAUGGAAAUGCAUAGAGAGAUUAGUAAUUAUAAAGCGCAUGAGUUCAUAAGCGAAAUGCUCAUUAUGUGUGAUCUCAUAAAAUAAGGUGGCCCUGAAAAGGGCCGUUGUUUUUGACAAGAAGUUUCUUAUGCCUGGGCCUUUUCGGUCUUCUUGGGCAGAAGGACAGCCUGGAUGUUCGGCAAGACACCACCCUGAGCGAUGGUCACGCCAGACAGAA